AUGUCUUCGCAACACUCUGUCGUCAGUGAACCCGAGUUCGAACGUGAGUUGCCCCCCCCCCCCCCCCCCGUCUCCAUCCCCCUCGGCGGGUUUUCAAAGGCGCGCGUCGUCCCCCUCCGCGAUUGCCGCUGGGCACUUUCCGUCGGUCAGCGUAGUCCGCUGUCCGAGUUGCACCGAGCGCUGACCGUCGAUCGACGAACCCUUCCGUUUUCCGACCUUCGCAGAGGCCAAGAACGAGAUCUACUCGACCCUCGCCCCCUUGUUCAGGGAACAACCUGAGCUCGAGAACGCUUUCAAAGGUGCGGUUAUCGCCAUUUGAGCUCAAAUCGCUCGUUGCGCUCGCCGUGGCUUAUCUUUUGUCCGUUCCGUAUCCCCUCGCUGCCCCCAACAGUCCUCGCCAUCCCCGAGCGAAUCAUUCAGGUCAGUCCUUGAUCACCCAUGCUUACGUUCAUCCUGUGCCUGCUCCUCGAUCUGACCGUGCUUGCUCUCUACUGUUGCUCAGUUCCGCGUUACCUGGGAAGACGAUAAGGUCCCCGCCGCGCCGCUCCCGAUCGAUUGGCAAUCGCGCCUGCUCGCGCGCAAUUUGUCGCAGAAACUUACGUCGUGUCCCCUCUCUGUUCGUGCAGGGCGUCUGCCAAGUCAACAAUGGCUUCCGUGUCCAGGUGAGCAUCCAGAAUAUACCCUUCGUUGCCGACAAGGCCCACACCACCGAUGCGCAGAUACUGACGUGAAAUUUCCUUCUCCGCGGCCCCGUCCCCCGCGGCUCAUCCCUUUCUCGCCUUGCUCUAGUUCUCCUCCGUCCUCGGCCCUUACAAGGUGAGCUUCCUCAUUAUAGCCCUCCGAACGAAACUGUAUACCUAUAAACUCAUCAUAUCCCAUUCUCGUCUCUUAGGGUGGUCUCCGUCUCCACCCCUCGGUCAACCUCUCCAUCUUGAAGUUCCUCGGUUUCGAGCAAAUCUUCAAGAACGCCCUGACCGGCCUCCACAUGGGUGGUGGUAAGGGUGGAUCCGACUUUGACCCCAAGGGCAAGUCGGACGCCGAGAUCCGUCGAUUCUGCUACGCCUUCAUGAAGGAACUUUCGCGCCACAUUGGUUAGUCGCCGCUCAGGCCCGGGACAAUACGGAAAGUCCGCAGAAAGACUGACUCGUCCCCUCCCCUCCUCCUCUUCACUCAGGUGCUUCCACCGAUGUUCCCGCUGGUGACAGUAAGUUUGCAUGAAUCUGUGCUGUGGUCGAACUCGAGACUAACCAGGACUCUUUGUUAGUUGGUGUUGGUGGACGUGAGGUCGGUUUCCUCUUCGGAGCCUACAAGCAACUCCGAAACGAGUGGACCGGUAUCCUCACCGGUAAGUAGCAGUCAUGGAGCGCCGUUUCAGCAGUUCCAGUCUGACGGUUCAUGCUUUGUGCGGCAUUCGGCGCUCUCCAGGCAAGGGCUACGACUUUGGUGGAUCCAGGAUUCGCCCCGAGGCCACCGGUUACGGCUUGGUCUACUACGUCGCUCACAUGAUCCAGGAGCUCGAAAAGGCCGACUAUACCGGCAAGAAGGUCGCCAUCUCGGGUGCCGGUAACGUCGCUCAGGUGAGUAACCGGAACCUCGCUUGCUUCGAUUGAGUCGCCCUGCACGGACCUGUACUUACGACGGCUUGUCACUCCUGCCUCCUUCUAGUUUGCUGCGCUCAAGGUCAUCGAGCUCGGCGGAAUCGUCCUCUCGCUCUCCGACUCCAAGGGUGCUCUCGUCGCGACCGGUUCGACCGGCUUCACGCCCGAGCAGAUCCACAAGAUCGGCGAGCUCAAGCUCAAGGGCAAGUACUUGACCGACCUCGGACAAGUCGAGGGCUUCAAGUGGGUCGCCGGUGGCCGCCCGUGGACCCACUUCAAGUCGAUCGACAUCGCCUUGCCCUGCGCUACGCAAAACGAGGUCUCCGGAGACGAGGCCAAGGCGCUCGUCGCCGCCGGUUGCAAGUACGUCGCCGAGGGCUCCAACAUGGGUUGCACGCAAGAGGCGAUCGACGUCUUCGAGGCCGAGCGCACCAAGAGCAAGACGGGCACAUGGUACGGUCCGGGCAAGGCCGCCAACGCCGGUGGUGUCGCCGUUUCGGGACUCGAGAUGGCGCAAAACUCGUCGCGCAUCCAAUGGAGCUCCGAGGAGGUCAACGCCAAGCUCAAGGACAUUAUGGAGAACUCUUACCAACUGUGCUUCACCACGGGCAAGAAGUACGGCAAGGACGGCGAGACGCCUUCGCUCGUCGCCGGUGCCAACGUCGCCGGUUUCUUGAAGGUCGUCAACGCCGCCAAUGCGACCGGUGACUGGUGGUGA